AUGGGACUGUAUAUUUCUGUAUCAGAUGUAUUAUCAAUUUUCAAGCCUACUAUUUUUGCUAUACUCUCACCUAUAAUAUUACAAUUAGCACCGGAAUCUAAUAUAGUUUUAACUGAUACUUUAUUAAUUUCGCAAGAUAAAAUUCUCAUCGUGAUCAAUAUUGGACCGGCUCAUCAGAAUUUACAAGAGAAUGAUAAUGAAAUCGCAUCGCUAAUAGAAUCAGUAAAAAAAUUAUCAAUAUUGAUCAAUGAUAGGGAUACAGAAGUAGUUUGUAAUUCGGGUUCAGAAUGUCCAAUUAUCACUUAUGAGGUUGUGAAAAAAUUGGGUUUCGAAAAAGAUAAAAGUUUACCCAAUAGCGAAGCUAGUGCCAAGGCAUAUAUUACCAAUAAAGCAGUAUUUGGUAUUGUUAAACAGAUAUCACAUAGAAGAAUUUCAAUUUCUCUUCACCAAUUAAUGAAAAUAGUGAAACCUGAGAUUGGGCUAAAAAUUAUUGACUUAAUAACAAAUCCAGAUAUUUCUCGAAGAAAUCGUACACCAUCUAAGGCUAAAAGAAAAAAGAGAUUUUUAAAUGAUACAGCAUCUUCGUCCUCAUCCUCGCCUUCAUCUGGGUCUGAUUCUGAAUCCUCUUAUGAUAAUGAAGAUUUUACUGUAGAUAUAGUAAAAGUGAAGAAGCGCAAUUAA